AAUCUGCUUGGAACCCCCCUCCAUCUCCAACCUGCGUCAUCUAUAAAUACUCUCUCUCUCUCUCUCUUUUUCUCUAUCUGUCUCACCUCGAUCUCCCUCUCGAGUCCCGACGCAAGAGACGAAAACAUAGAAGCUCAAACGUCGUUCUCACUUCAGUGUUCAUCGACAAUGGUGAAGAGAAGCAGCGACCCCAAGAUCCAAUCGGAGCCUCCCAAGCGGACCUCGCCGUCGUCCGCGCCGGCGUGCAGGAAGUACAAGGGCGUGAGGAUGAGGACCUGGGGCUCCUGGGUCUCCGAGAUCCGCGCCCCGAACCAGAAGGCGCGGAUCUGGCUCGGCUCCUACGCCACCGCCGAAGCAGCCGCCCGGGCCUACGACGCCGCCUUGCUCUGCCUCAAGGGCUCUUCGGCGGCGUCGGCGCCUCACGGCCUCAACUUCCCUCGCUCCUCUCUCGCCCAUCGCAUCCCCGACCACGCCACCCCCAUGUCCCCCAAAUCCAUCCAGCGGGUGGCGGCUGCGGCGGCGGCCGAGGAAGAGGAGGGCGGAUCUCUUGACUGCGCCGCCUCGAGCCCGCAGUCUCCAUGCCAGCAGUCCCCGUCGCCCUCGUCGUCGUCGCUGGCCUCGUCCCCGUCCCCGUCGCCGCCCGAUCACCUGGAUGACGACGUCGUCCUCCUCCCUGCAGCAGAGUGGGACGACACGUGGUGCAAUCUAGAGGGCUUGCUGCAGUCGCCGAGGUUCCUGAGUCCGAUGUUCGCCGACGGCGCGUCGUCUGAUGAUUAUUACGAAGAAGCCGGCGAUAUUCGACUCUGGAACUGGAACUUUUGCUGAUUUUCUUUUUUUCUUUUUUUCUUUUUUCCCUCCCUUGCCUUUUUUUCUUAUCUGAGUCAAUUACCAACGUAAAUUCGAGAAAAGACGAGGAAAGCUCGUCGAGGAAGAGAUUUUCUUUUUUUUUUUCAUAAAUAAUUUUUCGUAUGCGCUAUUUUGGAAUCUCCCAUGUGAUCUGGUGGUGCGCAAUGCACGUGGGGGUGUCGAUUUCGGACCAAGCCAUGUUCCGAACGCUAAUUCAUUUAUUCUUUCAUUGGCAAGCUAAUAGA